AUGAAACUCCUCAUGUCGGAUUAUCAUGUUACAUUAGUUAACAAUAAGAUGUCAGAAUUCUUCGUUAAGUUUCAUGGACCAGUAGAAACACCUUUCGCAAAAGGAGUAUGGAAGAUUCACGUAGAAUUACCAGAACAAUUCCCUUACAAAUCGCCUAGUAUCGGCUUCAUGAAUAAAAUCUUUCAUCCUAACAUCGAUGAAAUGAGUGGAAGCGUAUGUCUGGAUGUGAUAAACCAAACUUGGUCCCCUAUGUUCGAACUCAUCAAUAUCUUCGAAAUCUUCCUUCCUCAACUACUUCGAUAUCCCAAUCCAGCCGAUCCACUCAAUGGAGAAGCAGCAGCCUUACUCAUGAGAGAUCCUAAAGCAUACGCUAAGAAAGUUGAAAGUUACGUAGAUAGAUACGCUACACCUGAAGAUGCCGAUCAAGCUGGAGAAGAUGAUGACGAGGAUGAAGACGAAGAAGGUACCACUUUACGGAGACGUAAACCGUCAAUCAGUACAAAUGGAAAUGGACACACAAAUGGAGAUAAGAAGGUCAAUGGCACCAAUGGAGCGAAUGGGAAUGGCAAUGGACAUGACAAGGAAGAAGAUGAAGAUGAUAUGGAUGACGAUGAAGACGACGAUAGUGAAGAUGAUAAUAUGAGUGAUAUGGGUGAAUUAAGUGAUGAAGAUGAUAUCAUGGGAAAGAUGGAUGACUAA